AUGUCAUCGUCAUCACUCAAAGAAAGGCUUCUCCGUGCCAAAGACAACAACAACCUGACAAGCACACCUCACAAUUACACUCUCUAUUUAUAUAAACAAGGUCUUCAAUUACCGACCAUGGAUAUUCAUUGCAUGAUGAUUCUAUCUUAUAUUCAAUUAUUACCCAAUCAAUAUCAACAAUAUAUUAAUAUUAAAUUUGAAAACAAGUACAUGAAUAUAAUAUUACAUGAUCAAGAUACAAACAAGUAUUAUUAUGGAAUUGAUGAUAUUAUGAAAGUGAUUCAAAACGAAUUUUUAAGUGUAAAUGAUCAUUUAUCUACUCGAAUUCAAUUUCUCAAUACUCUUAUUAAUGAACAAUUAUUACCAAUUCUCAUUCAUUAUUGGUAUGGACAUGAUGAUAACUAUACAAUUGUUUAUGAUAGCUAUGUUGGAAAUUUAUCACUCAUUGAUGGAAUUCGAUUACAUUUCAUCAAGAACAAAUAUUUGAAACAUGAAUAUUAUCGAAAAUUAAAAUCUCAAAAAACUGAAGAAGAAAUUUAUGAAUUAUUACAACAUUCAUUACAAUUAAUUUCUAAUUUAUUGGUCGAAAAUAAUGGAUUUAUUUUGGAUGAACCAUCCAAUACUCGAGCAUCUUCUCCUCAACAAUCAUCAAAACCAAGUGAAUUAGAUGCUAAAUUAUAUGCCAUUCUCUCAUGCUUGUAUUAUCCUGAAUUUGUAUCCAAGCAUUACAGAGAUUUAUUUAGACAUUAUCCUCCAUUGAUGUCCUAUCUACACAGAAUGAGUAACAAGUAUUUCAACUUGUAUAUGAAUGAAGAGAUUUUGAAAGAACCUACUCUCUUGGGUACACAAUCACCACAAGUGAUUUGUGAAUUAUUGAGAAGAUUGAGAGUGAAGAGGGAACAUCAACACACACAUACUUGGUAUUUCCUUGGAGGAUGUGUUGCAUUCAUGUCUGCUUAUUAUUAUGUAAUGAAAAGAAUAGCUGUUGUGAAUAAAUAG